GGCUGCUGCACAGAAAGGAAAUGCACGGUAAGGGUGUUAUAGCUCUGCUGUUCCUGCCUGCACAGCAAUGAACACGAGCUGAAUCAUGUCCUCCAGUGCUGUCUGCCAUCUGGGAGAAAAGGUGGGAGUGUUCAUUCAUAAGGUCAUCUGCCGCUGACAGUGCCUCCACCCAGACUGGGGGUGUGAGCACACAGCUUCUGCUAGACCCGGAAUUGGAAAAGGUGCAUUUACUCUCCUCCAUUCUUGCAGAUCAGGGGCUUCUGCGCAGAUUGGACUGCUACUGGGACUAAAGCAUCUGCUGCAUCCAACUUCUCACAGGGCAGCCAAAUAGGAUAAAAAGCUACUGGAUAAACUCCAUUAUGUAGACAUUCACCAUUCGUCAUCAGAUGACCAUGUCUUCCAUGCUGCAUCCUUCUAUAAUGCUUCGCAGCCGCAAAGUACAAGCUGAGCUUGGCCUCCCCCGCAGCUUAAGUUACAUUAAUACCCUUUACCAAAAUGCACAACUGGCAGAAGGAUUUGGCCGACCAGCAGUCUGCUUAACCAAAGAGCAGCACACAGCAGGCCGCCCCCAUCGGCCAGAGAAAAAGGUGAGCAUCAGCUGCGAUCCGGAAUUGCGACCUAUAAUGCGCCGCAGAACAAAGUCCCUGCCUUGUUCUCCAGAGAGAAGAAACACCGGCAAAUGUCGGCCUCAGUGCCAUAAAGUCAGGUUUACAGAUUCACUUGGUUUGGAAUUGGCUGAGGUGAAGGUAUUCAACGCUGGUGACAACCCAACCAUCCCUCUACACGUUCUCUCGCGGUUGUCGAUCAACUCAGACUUGUGCUGUAGCCAAGAUUUGGAAGUUUCCAUUGAAUAUUUGGAGCCAGACUUCAAGCAGCCUGCAGAGUGUGAAGAUUUCUCGGAGCGUCUGCAGGAAUACUGUGUCUGCUUAGAGCAAGUUACUAGUUCGGAGGAGCUAGGGAUUUCUGGCACGAUUCGAGUGAUAAAUCUUGCCUUUGAGAAAAUGGUUUCAGUGCGGUAUUCAUUCACCAACUGGAAAACUCAUUUUGAAGUAAGGGCAAUUUGGCAAAAAAGCGAUGACAUGGCUGUUCCUAACACUGACAUAUUUGCCUUUGUUAUUCCAUUACCACCUUUUCUCCAGCAAAUCUGCUCGAUGGUACAAUUUGCCAUAAAGUACCAGGUUGGCAGCAAAGAUUACUGGGAUAACAACUACGGGAAAAACUAUACCUUUAUAUCAAAAAGCUACAGACUUAAAAUACCAAAAGACUGUGAGCAAAGCUGGAUCCAUUUCAUCUGAUCGAGUAGCUCUCAUGCAGUUACAAUCUUUUACUGAAAAUAUAACCUGGAUACAAUAGAUUUCCAGUGUGUUCAGGUCUGUAAUGACACAGGAUAAACACCAUCUAGAAUAAGCCCUGUCACUGGUAAUUACUGCUGGACUAUGUAUUACGUGCUGUGUGUAGCCUGCUAGUGCAUGCUGUUAACUAUUGUGCUGGAGAUAUUAGAUAAGGACAUGACGAGUAAAGGGACGGCCAUAAGGUCAGGUUUCCUGAUGCAGUUUUAGAAUCAGGAGUGGAUCAGAAAGGAGAGAAAGUAUAAAAGACAGAUACAACUUCUCCUCCUUUUUAAAUUCACUCCUGGUCUUGGCUUCCAAAACUGCAUCCAGAAACCUGACCGUGUGACCCGUACCCUAAAGGUUUUACUCAAUCAUUAAUAUACAGUGAUCCCUCAGGAUACAAUCUUUUCAACACUCAGUGGUCUUUUCUGACCCUUCGUAAGUUGAAACUAGUCUCAACCUACAAUGUCUCAGAGCCAAGCAAUCAAGGCCACUUCUCUGGUAAAAAUGCUGGAUUAGUUUCUAGUUAGCAGCUAUUCCUGACUAUUAUAUGUAAGGACUUGUUUUAUCUGUCUUAGUUAUCUGCUUAUUUUUCUUAAAUCCUAAUUUUGCCUUAUCUUGAAUGACAUUUCGGGGCUUCGGAACCGAUUACUGAACUUAAAAUGGUUUCAACAUACAACGGUCGUCCUGGAACCAAUUAAUAUUGUAACUUGAGGGACCACUGUAUAACAAAAGCAUAAGAUUUAUGCUUACAGCCUCCAAUGAAAAGAACAUUAUAUAUAGGGAUGAGCAAAUUUCAUAUUUUGAAGUUCGUGUGCGGGUUCGUGUUGUAGUACCUACUGAAUUGCGUUAUGGAUUCCGUUACCACAGACCAUAGCGCAAUUCCAUAAAGAAAUUACUUUAGAGGCAUUCUAUUAUUCAUUCUGUCAUAAAAGAAGUCUAUGGCCUGUAUACGGAAACAUCCGGUUUACGUUAUGCUGGAGUCCUCUCCUGCAUAACGGAAACCGUACGGAUCCGUUAUGCAGGCCAUAGACUUCUAUUAUGACGAAAUGAAUAACGCCAUGGAAUGCAUUCCGUCAUGGAAUUUCGUUAUGGUCCGUGGUAACGGAAUCCAUAACCCAAUUAACACUGUUAAUUAAAGCUGUAAACACAAUAUCCUGCCGGCAAACAAGUCCUUGUGGAGAAGAGCCAUGGCAUUAGCGAUCGCUCCUUCCCAUACUCUGAAGGAGAUCGCUGCAUGUAAAUGCAUUGGUCUCCUCUGCUAUCGAUCAGCAGAUUGGCGGGAAGAAACGCUUCUUUCCUGACAAUCUGCUGUAUUAUCAUCCAGUGUAAAGGGACCGUUACUUCGGAGAAUGGCUGUCUUGUUAAGCACAUUUGAGCAUGAGCUGCACAAGUUCCCUUUAAACUCAAAAAGAGAUCUAAAACAGUGAUAGUUAGAACCCAGUUUAAAACUUGAAGGUUUGCAGUUCUUCAGGGAAUGGCAAACAUGGGCAUGAUUUAAAAAAAAAUCUCAGGUCAAAACUACCCAGAUAAACAGCUUCAGGAAAAAACGGUGAGUAAUCUGGACCUUUGCCUAUAGUAUGGCUUGAUGCAACAUGCAAUUAUCUCAGAUCAACAGGCCAUUUCUGGAUAAUGGGAUAUUAAACUAUGCAAACUCUUAUUUUAUAUACAACUUGCCUCAACUAUGCACACAAGAAAUCACAGCGACAGGACUGCAGGGCUCCAUGUUAUGCAACUGUACUAAAUCUUCAGGAUAAUUCAUACUACAGAAUAUUGACUUGUCUUCUUACAUGACUUUAUUGAAACAAACGUCACUAGUCACAGGCAGCUGUUACAUAGCCUGGCUGUGCGGCAUAGAGCUGUGGCCAAGCAACCUGCCUGUUUGUUGUAGUCACAAAUACACUUGCUUCAACUUGCCUGAGAUCCCAAGAUGUGCCUGAAAACAAAUGGGUCUUGUAUUCAUCAACAUUUAUCUCCUAACCAUGAGAUAUAUAGUUGCCAGCUUCAGCUGACGUAAGGGAGAGCGGCUAACUUCUAGCAAAAUGCCCCAAAUGUACACUAACCCACCUCGUCUAAACUUGUAGUAGGCUUUUUAAGUUGUAGACAGGUUGUGUAAAUCUAAUAAUGAAGUGUGAAUUCAUUCACUGGAGGUAAAUGACUUGCUGGAAGCUUCUCUGCUCCGGCCAGAACUACACACCACAACGCACAGGAGCUGCUUACACUGGAAAAUGACGCAUUCAUUAGAGUGACAUGAUCAGGUCAUGUUCACAUUUGCACUAGUUAUUUCUGCAGUUCUGCUCCAUUAAUGGAGCAGAACAAUGAAAAUAAUGGAAUGGCUGAAUUAGGCAGAUAACUAAAACCAACGGAGAUGAACCGAUUGAGAUGUCAGCUUUUUUAGGACUUUUUUGUCCGCUCUUUUUGACAGAAUCUGCAACGGAGGCCCUGAUUGGAACCUCCAACACAGAUGUGAACAAGGCCUUGCAUGACUGUUCACUGAUAAGUUGUUAGCCUCUAUGCUGAUAGCAGCUGGUUGUGACUACUAAUUCUUCAACCUCUAUAGUUUUCACUUAUAUCUGAUUGUACUCAGCUGGAGUUAAAAUAUAUAAGUCUGUUAGCUAAACGGACCACCGGUUGACUAUAUACUCCCAGGCGGUCUGUGCUUAUGUGCAAGGACAUUCCUGAACAUCCUAGCAGAGAUAGGCCUCUUUCACACUUGCGUUGUCCAGAUCCGGCGUGUACUCCACUUGCCGGAAUUACAUGCCGGAUCCGGAAAAACGCAAGUGUACUGAAAGCAUUUGAAGACGGAUCCGUC